UACAAAACAAUUCACAAUUUCCCAUCCGCUCUUUGAUUUCGCUAAUUUUCCUUCUUUUCUAUUAUAGAAACUAAAAGUGGGCCUCUCUGUUCCUUUUCAUCAGCCGUUAGUUUACUAAAACAUCCACACUCUCCAAAAAUCUCUCUCAAGCAAAAUCCAACUUCUGAGUUGUUAAUUAUGUCCGUACUCUCUUUUAUUAUCACUUCUCUUGUUGAGUGAUUUAGCUGCACUGCACUGUUUUUCCGGCGUUGUUUGGCCGGAGAAUGGCAUAUAUGUGUACAGACAGCGGAAAUCUAAUGGCUAUAGCCCAGCAAGUUAUUAACCAAAAGCAGCAGCAGGAACAGCAACAGCAGCAUAACCAGACUCAUAUUAAUCAGAGUCAGCAACUCCUGGGAACUCUUAAUUCUUUCCCGAUUACUCCCUGGCCGCCUACAAUGUCUUCUAAUCCCAAUCUGGGUUAUGCUGGACUUACUGGUCCGGGUUUUACCGACCCGUUUCAGGUUCCGGGAGGAGGCGGAGAACCCGGGGAGUCUGGGUUUCAGUUUCCGCAUAUGGAGCAUCAUUCGAGUGGGUUUAGGUUUUCGGAUUUUGGUGGGGGUGGCGGCGGUGGUGAGUUUGACUCGGACGAGUGGAUGGAUAGUCUGAUGGGCGGUGGAGACUCAACGGAUAGUUCGAAUCUACCUGCUGGUUGCGACGCGUGGCAAAGUAACUCUGAUUUUAGUCUCUACGCUCCUGAUCCUUUUACCACCUGCCCAACUCGUCUCAACGUGGGCUGUUCUACACCGUCGGAUCUUAACCGAGUUCUUUUCACGGAAAUCCAGAAAACCCUCACUAACCCACUUCAACUCACAACUUGGCCACCAUCUCCGCCGCGUCCGACGCCGCCGCCUUCUUCACCGCCUCAGAAAACAACUAAUCCUUUACCACCCACAACUCUAAAAGUAGAACCAGUCGGUGUCAGUUCGCCGGAAAUCGAGUCAGCACCGGUGUUACUCAAAGCUCUACUGGACUGUGCUCGACUCGCUGAGUCAGAACCGGAAAAAGCUGCGAAAUCGUUGGUUAAGCUGAGGGAAUCAGUGUCUGAUCAUGGAGAUCCAACUGAAAGAGUGGCUUUUUACUUUGCUGAAGCUUUGUAUUCCCGAGUUGGUUUUCAGGCACCGGAGAAAAACUCGUGUAGGGCGGAGACUAGCGGCGAAGAUGCUACACUUUCUUAUAAGGUGUUAAAUGAUGCAUGCCCCUAUUCAAAAUUUGCUCAUUUAACUGCAAAUCAAGCCAUUCUUGAAGCCACGGAGAGAACCAGCAAGAUUCAUAUAGUGGAUUUUGGGAUUGUUCAAGGAGUUCAAUGGGCUGCUCUUUUACAGGCUUUAGCUACUCGUUCGGCCGGAAAACCAGCGAGGAUUCGGAUCUCGGGGAUACCCGCUCCAGUUCUUGGUAAAUCCCCUGCUGCUUCUUUGUUUGCUACUGGUAAUAGGCUAGCUGAUUUUGCUAAAAUUCUUGAUUUGAACUUUGAAUUUGAGCCGAUACUUACUCCGAUUCAUGAAUUGAAUCAAACCGAUUUUCGGGUUGAGCCGGAUGAGGUUUUAGCUGUGAAUUUCAUGCUUCAGUUGUAUAAUCUGUUAGAUGAGACUUCUGUUGUUGUAGAAACUGCUCUUAAGAUGGCUAAAUCGUUGAAUCCUAAGGUUGUUACUUUAGGGGAGUAUGAAGCGAGCUUAAACCAGAUUGGAUUUGAGAAAAGAUUUAAAAACGCUUUGAGAUAUUACUCCGCCUUAUUCGAAUCUCUGGAGCCAAAUUUGAGCAGAGACUCGCCCGAGAGAGUCCAAGUCGAGAGAUUGUUACUAGGUCGAAGAAUUGCUGGUGCUAUUGGUCCGGAGGACAAAGGAACUAGAAGAGAACGCAUUGAUGACAAAGAGCAUUGGAGAAUUCUGAUGGAGGAUUGCGGUUUUGAAUCAGUUCCGCUUAGCCAUUAUGCGAUGAGUCAGGCUAAGAUACUUUUGUGGAAUUAUAACUACAGUUCUUUGUAUUCUCUGAUUGAAUCUGAUCCCGGGUUUCUAUCUCUAGCAUGGAAUGAGGUGCCUCUGCUCACUGUUUCUUCAUGGCAUUGAUGAUUUCAAGAAAUGCUGCGCCUUGCGCAUUCAUUUCCACCCGGUAAUUUUUCUCUGGCGUGGAACAACCAUUGAUCGGUGCGUAUUGGAUCUGAAUUCAGUACUGGGAUAGGUAUAGUUUUGUUUAAUUGCUAUGAUUCUGCAUUUUGGACCUGUUGGUUUUUUCUUUUUAAGCUUGGUGGAAAUUAUUUCUUGGAUGUUUUCUAGCUUGGUGUUUAUUAGUUAUAUGGUGUUGUUCAUUUGGUUUUAUUGGGUUUUUGUUCUGAAUUUGAGUAAGAUAAAUUGUAAAAAGGAAAUCAAGAAAAGGGAAAUGAAAUUCAAAGGAGUCAAGAGUCAAGAACAAGAAAAGUUUUCUUUCCCUUUAGUGUCUGUAAUUCUGUAUAUAAAUUUGAAUCGUUGGUAUGAAUUUUUUUCCUACUACCA